AUGACCAGGAACCAGCCAAAAAUACAAACAAAAUCAAUACCCACCGCAGUCAUGAUGCACCCAUCACGUAGGGCGUAUGUUGAGGAGGCUGACACUGAGGACCGAGGAAGUGGAGGCAUUGACAUAGAUGCCAUUCCAAUCGACCGCGACUAUGACAUCCCCGGAGCCGGCGCAGGCAUUGCGCCCGAGAGAGCAUCAGCCAUCAUCUCACAAUUCGAGCGCAAGCGAUUCGCCGCCACUAUCGCGGUCCCAACCGACGAUGGACGUGUCCGCGCCAAACUUCGAGAGCUAGGCGAGCCUAUCACGCUGUUCGGCGAAGGACCGGUCGAUCGACGCGACAGGUUACGAGAGCUUCUUACCGAGCAGGCGCAGCAGGCGACAGGCCAGGAGAGCGCAGAUGUGGAGAUGCAGGAUGCUGGCAACGACGAGGAAGCGGAAGAGCAAGAGGAAGAGUUUUACUCUCGAGGAACACAGGAGCUUCUCGAUGCCCGAAUAGAAAUCGCCAAGUUUACGAUCCCCCGAGCGAAACGGCGCGUCGAGUUUCAGAAGAAGGAGGCUACGAUUCCUCUCCGUACCCAUGUCAAGUUUAGGAAGGAGAUCAAGGAGCGGCUUCAGACGUUUGAAUUGCAAGCCAGUCAGACUGCGGGAGAUCGUCAUGUGAGCAUGACGAGGUUUUCGCCAGAUGGACAGAUGAUUGCGACUGGAAAUUGGGGCGGUCAAGUCAAGCUUAUCGAUAUACCGACUUUGGAGCAUCGCAAGACGCUGCGAGGACAUACCAACAAGAUCAGCGGUUUGGCCUGGAGGCCUGGUGCUACCCUUCCCGAGGCCAACAUCUCGGAGGACACGGUCAACCUUGCUUCGGGUGGUGCAGAGGGCCAGGUUCAUCUUUGGUCGCUAAACCAAGAUACACCGCUAUCGACGCUCUCUGGGCACUCGCAAAGAGUAUGCCGUGUCGAGUUUCACCCUUCUGGAAAAUACCUCGCAUCUGCGUCUGAGGACACGUCGUGGAGGCUGUGGGAUGUCGAAACAACAACCGAACUGCUUCUUCAAGAGGGACACUCGCGGGGAGUGUACGCCGUAAGCUUCAACACCGACGGGUCCUUGCUGGCCAGUGCAGGUCUGGACAGUAUUGGAAGAAUCUGGGAUUUGCGGUCGGGACGGACAGUCAUGAUUCUGGACGGGCAUCUGGAUGGCCACAUCAAGCCGAUCUACGGGCUGGACUGGAGUCCGGACGGGCACCGAGUCCUCACGGCCUCGGCAGAUGGAUGGAUCAAAUGCUGGGACGUGAGAAAAGUGCAGAGGACAGGCGGAAUUGGUGCGCACACAAGCGCGGUAUCAGAUGUCAGAUGGUUCAAGGGGAUGGAUGAGCCCGUUGACGGGAAGCCACCAGGCGAGGACGACAAGGGAAACCAGUUGCCAAAGAAGUCUGGGACGUUUUUGGUGUCGUCUGGGUUUGACCACAAGGUCAACAUUUUCUCGGCUGAUGACUGGGCUCUUGCUCAGUCGCUGAGCGGCCAUACUGGCCCAGUAGCGAGUGUCGAUGUAAGCCGGGACGGCAAGUGGAUCAUCAGCGGUGGACAUGAUCGGACUGUCAAGUUAUGGGGUCGUAAUGAUGCAACCGGUCUGUAUGGUGACUUUUAG